AUGGUAGCCACAGAUUUUACUAGUCCAUUGAUGAGAACAACCACCGGUGGGAAUCAUCAUGGAUUUACCUCGAAAUUCUCCAUAAGAUCACCUUCGGUCCCCAAUUUACGCCAACAAUUAUAUAGUGAAACAAAUAAUUAUAGUGCACCUGCCAUUGAAGGAAUACCGAAUAAUAAGGAUGCUAUAAAUGACCAGCGUUCAAACUCAGAGGAAUAUGGUGGAUCGUUAAGCGUCAUUGAUUUAUAUGAUGACAAUGACAGCGAAUCGCCUCAGAAGAAAUCCACUAGGAGCAUUACUGGACUAGAGGAUUUUCAGAAGGACGUAGGCGAACUGAAUAGUAUGAGUGCUGAUCAUUCAAAUGACGACUUAAGAAGAUCGAAUUCGAUUACAAUUGAUAUUAAUGAGAAUGAACAUACUGAUAGAUACGGAUUUAAGAAACAAAGUACCUUCAUCAGUGAGGCUGACUAUAAUAGCUGGUGGAAUGAUUAUUCGAAAUAUUGUGUUCGUCGUAAAUUCAAAUGGAAACUUUUAUUGGAGAAAGGUGGACUUCCUGUUGAUAACGAUUCCCCUACGAGAUUUCCUUCUAAAAGUGAAAAAUUAAAAAGAUAUGUGAGGAAAGGUAUACCAGCUGAGUGGAGAGGAGAUGCAUGGUGGUAUUUUGCAAGAGGUCAAGAAAAGUUAAAUAGGCAUAAAGGCGUUUAUGAUACGUUACUCGUAAAAGUGAACAAAAUUACUGAACAAAAGGAUCAUGAUAACGUUUUCACUGACUUAGAGAUUAUUGAACGAGAUUUGAAUAGAACAUUUCCUGAUAAUAUACAUUUUCAAAAACAAUCUCCACAAGAUGAGGAACCCGAGCUAAUUAAGUCAUUGCGUCGAGUACUUGUGGCAUUUUCACUUUAUAAUCCUAAGAUUGGAUAUUGCCAAUCUAUGAAUUUUAUUGCGGGCCUAUUACUGUUAUUUCUUGAUGAAGAAAGGGCGUUCUGGAUGUUAGUUAUUAUAACGUCACGUUAUCUACCAGGGGUUCAUGAUGUUAAUCUUGAAGGUGUAAACAUUGACCAAGGUGUCUUGAUGCUUUGCGUUAAGGAGUACUUACCAGAAAUAUGGUCUUAUAUUGCACCUAUUACGAAUAAAAAAGGUGCCAGCAAUAACAGGCGAACUACUUCAUCUACUUCUCGUAAGAAUCGUUCUUUGAUAAUUAAAAAUGAGUUUCUCUACAGACUGCCGCCAAUAACGUUGUGUACAGCCAGUUGGUUUAUGAGCUGUUUUAUUGGUAUCCUUCCAAUUGAAACUACUUUGAGAGUGUGGGAUUGUAUGUUUUACGAAGAAUCACACUUCCUCUUCAAAAUAUCCUUAUCCAUCCUCAAAUUAAGUGAAAAUGAUUUACUAAGGCAUAAGAAGCAUCGCCAUGGAGGCGGUAUACUUUCCUAUGGUAUCAAAGGGGGUAAUUCCUCUAAUACUAGCUUAGGCUCGUCAAAUGAUGCAGCUUCAGAGGAUGGAGAUAUGGAAAUAUUUCAAAUAAUUCAGACUUUUCCCAAGAAAUUACUGAAUCCCAAUGAUAUAUUCGAUAAAGUCAUAUUUAAAAGGAAGUAUUCUUUUAACAGACUUGAUCAGGACGAAGUUGAUAGGUGCAGAAAGUACGUUUCAUCUCAGAGAACGAAAUACAAGCAUUACAUUGAUACAGUGGAAAAGCAAGAAAUCCGAGGAAUAGAUAAAUCAACUAACCAUAUUGGUGAAAAGGAGAAUAUUCUUACUUCUGAGAUGGAUGAAGACACGAUCAACGAAGCACUUUCGUCCGAAGUGUAUGGCUUCAAACGAAACCUUACCGGUGUUCAUUGGAACAAUAGUUUAAAGGCUAAAGUAAGGCAGAUGAAGAAGAAAAUAGAUAGAGAAGUUUGA